CUGUAUAUAUAUAGCAAUACAUAUUAUAACAACAAAUAUUGUAUUAUUAUUAUUAAGUGAUAAACUAAUGUCAGUCAUCAAUUAUAGGAAGAGACAGACAGACAGUCAGACAGACAAUCACUACAAUCAUCAAUGACUUCCGUAGCUACCGGUGCUGCAGCUGUUGUUGCCGCCGUCGCCGCCGCCGAUGAUGACGAUGACGAGGAUAACGACAACGACCACCAAAUGAUUGACAACAUCGACAUCGAUGACAACGACAACGACAACAAUAACAGCGACAGCGAUGAAGAAGACAAGAGUUCGCUAUUCUUGAAGACCACUGACAGCGACUUUGUGGUGAUUGUUGGCGACCAACGGCUAUGCGUCCAUAAAUCGAUACUUCAAUCAUCAAGCGAAUACUUUAUGGCUUUAUUCAACUCGGAUAUGAUUGAAACAAAAACCAAAGAAAUCGUCUUAAAGGAAACACUGGUUAAACCAUUCCUCUUGGUAUUGAAACUAACCUAUAAUAUCCAGAUGUCUUCAACCGAUUGGUUUCAAUUGAAAAUACCUGAACUAUUUGAAUCGGUUAUUACGGCCAACAAAUAUCAGUUUGUCGACUGCGAGCGCCAAUUAUCGGAGAAAUUGAUGAAUGUUUUUGCCUAUCGAUCGGUCAAUUGCUUACCACCGGAGCUGACUUCACACCAACAACAACAGUCAUUACUAUUGGUGCCGCCGACAGCAUUUGACGGUAUCCUAGAUAAUCACCGAUACCGUGAAGACCGACCAUCAUCACCGGCCGGGUUAGCGGCGGCCACCACCACCACCACAGCAACAUUGACCAUCUGGGAACUGCUCGAAAUGGCCAAACUUCAUAAUCUACACUUUCUAACUGACCAUUGUCUACGAUUUUUCGACGAAAACCUAGACUAUUCGUUCGAUACGUUUGACCAGCAAUUCAUAUCGGCCGACAUCUUGAGGGACGUAAUAUCCAGGGAUACGUUCGGCGCCCGCGAAGUCGAUAUAUUCAAAUUGGUCAGAAAAUGGAUUAGCAAAUGUCGGGUCAGGUCAACAAAACGAUCGGUCGAAGAACAAGAACUACUCGAAUGUGUCCGUUUGAAUCUCAUACAAGAUUCCCAAUUGGAUUCGGUCUACAAGUCAGGUCUAUACGAACCCGAACUGAUCGAUCGGAUUAGCAAACAUGAACUGACGGGUAUAUUGGCCCAGAAUCGGCGUAUCUGUCUGGACAGUGGCCACGUCUAUCGUCAGGAUUGUUCCAGUGUUGUCCAAUCGCAUUCGGAACGAUCGAUAGUUGUCUACAUAAACUGUUUGCUACCGAUGCCCACCAAAAUCAAUCAUUUGAUGUUCCGUAUUCAGCCGACCGACUAUACCUACAAUGUUAAUGCUCGCUACUGGAUAGGUGUCAAAGAUUUUACCACAACAACGACAACUACCACUACCGCCACCACCAACAACAACAAUACCACUGCCACCGAUAGCACCGGUGGCGGCGGCGGCGGCGGCGAGUUUCGCAAAGUUCUUGACUAUACACAGUGUUCGUGUGUCGGCGACCAAGACAUCUACUUUGAUCAGCCGUUUAUUACGGAUUUUGUACGCAUAGUAGUCGAGUGUAAUAACGAACUGUUUCCCUAUCGAUUGAUCCAAUCGGAUGACCUAUUUCCUGGUGGUGGUCCGCCUCGACUACUCGAGACUCCCGCUACUGCCGCCACCGCCGCCGCCUCCGCUGUCGCUAUCGAACUGCCCCUAUGGCAGCCUUGGGUGCCUUCAAACAACAGCAACAGCAACAGUAACGACAACACACUUCCUGCCACUGUUGUUGGUGGACGUGGUCGGGGCCGCGCUCGUGGCGUCGGCGGCUAUUGUCAUCAGCCGCUUAGUUUUCUAGUUGGUGUCAGCAGCCGCUUAGCAGAGAGCCAUCCGUCCACUGUUGCUGCCGCCGUUCCCGCUACUCGUGAUCGCGACGGAGCCGCCGCCUGUACUAGUCAUGCUGGCGGUGGCGGUGGCGGUACUUCCAGUGACCAAAAUAGCCGGAUGACCGCUUACCGUCAGCAACGUUGCCGACAAUUUCUACGAUCGCGGCAACUGCCAAGCGACCCGAAUCUAUUCAAUAUUAAGGCCAUCCGCUACGAGUAUAGCAAGUGUCCACUACGGACUAUUGAGUCGUUUAUUGUUGCCGACGGCAAUGUGUGCCUAAAAUCUGGUUCAAUGUGUUGUUCGAAAUAUUUCGGACCCGACUUUACCGACCAUCUAACCGAUCGUGUACUAAACAAUAAGUGUACAUACAAUGAAAAAUACGACACAAUCGGUGGUAGCAGCGGCGGCUGCAGCAGCCGCGCCAGUGGCUACACAUUGGCCAGUAUAGUGUACAUCGACGGCGACUACGAGACGGUGAACAAGUCUAGUGAUGAUAACGACUUCAGUGUCGACGAUAACGACGAAAAUCCGGUAGUGUUGGCCUUCAACGAACUAAUGCAGACAUCCUCGUCGGCCGAUGACUUUACCAGCGAUUAUGUGAUACGUUUACCGCAACCCGUUUACGCCGAUUGUCUACAACUGGAAGUGAUCAUCGAAAAUGAUGAUCGAUAUCAUCGCAGUCGCAACAACACGAAAAAAUGGCCGCAAUUGCCGCCACCGCCGCCACAAUUGGCUGCCGAAUGUUUAGUCGAAAUAUGUCCGCAAUUUACCGACAAUUUAUUGUCGUCGGCCAACAAUACAACCGAUUGGCAUACAAUCGGCUACGAAUCCUAUCUAAUGGAAACCGGUUACUAUAAUCUAGAGUUUGCCGGCGGUCCGGAAAAAGUAUCGGCCGUACGGCUGACAGGUUUUCGCUAUAACAGUGACCGUACAAAACGAUAUCCGUUAAACAUUAGAAAUUUUAGUCUACCGGCCGAUCGGCAAUCGGAUUCGUGGCUAUCGGCCAAUCAUCGGCGGUUAGCUAACGAAUCAAUGAUCGAUGAUAUGCAGUAGUAGUAGUAGUAGUAUAUUAAUACCGGUACCGGUAGUAGUAGUAGUAGUAGUAGUAGUAGUCAUAUACCGGUAAUUGUUUUUUAUUGAUUUGAUUUGAUUGAAAAUC